AGGAAUUACUACACCACGUGAGGCCCCCUCAUAACACCAUCUGUGACGGAAUUACUACACCACGUCAGGUCCCUUACUGUCACUCCAGCUUAUAAACCGGACCCCGCUGAGUUAACCACUAAGCUUCUGAACCUUUCCAUCAUUUCUAGGAUCUAAGAUUUGCAGAGAACAAAGACAGCAGUAGCCAGGACGUUCAGGAGCAACAAGAAACAGGGGGCGGUAGGUCCUCUUCCUGUCUGGCCUCCCUCAGGAGAGUGUUUAGGCAGCUGCUGGUAUUCGUGAGGACCCCAAUGUUGAGGAGGAUCUCCCUUAUUAUGUAUUUCAACUGGCUUACCUGCACCUUAGUCUACUACGGCAUCUCCCUCAACUCAGCCAACUUCAACAUGGAUCCCUUCCUGUACAUGUUCCUGGGGGGCCUCAUGGAGCUGCCCUCUUACACCCUCAUCAUCCCCUUCGUGGCUAGGUACGGCAGGAAGAUCCCUCUCGUCACCUUCUUCGUCCUCUGUGGGGUGGCCAUCCUCGUGCUUCUGCUGCUGCCUGCCGACCGCGAGAGAUGGUGGUUUAUGACGAUAGUGAUGGUGGGCAAAUUCUUCAUCACCUCCGCUUAUCAGGUCGUCUACCUCUACAGCAGCGAACUCUACCCGACCUGUCUAAGGACCCAGGGCUUAGGGGUGUCCUCAAUGGUCGGCAGGAUAGGUUCCAUCAUAUCUCCCUUCAUCAAUGAUAUGCUAGGGCUGUACCACUGGGCCAUCCCGAGUACCAUCUUCGGCCUAGCGAGUCUGGUGGCCGGGGGACUCACCUGCCUUUUACCUGAGACCAAAGACAAGACCUUACCUGACACCGUGGACGACGUGGAGGCCUGGCGAAGUCCUGCUCUAAGCAAGAGGGAGAGGCCCCGAGACGUGGCGGCAUCAGAGGAAGACCAGAGAGAGGAGUCAUGGCUCAACCCCUCCACCACCUCCGUCUAGCUCUCGUCUCCAGCACCCAGGAGGAUCAGACAAAAAGGAGAUCACCAGACGCUGUUGAUCGCUUCUGCUGGUGAUGGUUUUGUUUUCAUAUGAACUUCAGGGAUGUAUUUGCUCUGACGAAAGGAUUUGAUCUUUUAAUUCCAAGAAAACACUAUAUUGAACCUAAAACUUCAAUACUACCAAUAUAUAUUAUAUAAUUUAUGACCUUCCCAAAUAUAACCUGAAUAACCUCAGUCACAGUUCAUCACAAGUGACUAAAUAUCCACAUCUUAGUAGUAAACAUUUCCAUACAAGAUUUUAUUUGGAGCUCAUAAAAUAUAAACAAAAUAUAUAGAAGAAUUUGUAAGAUUUUUUUUAACAUGAGGUUUAUGGUAGUAUAUUUUAUAUCCAUUAUACAGCUAUUUUUAUAAAACAUCGUGAAUCAUAUAUAGAACCUUGUGUAUUCUGGGCACUGCCUGUAUCACUAAACAAGACUAAUUAACUACAUCUGAUGCGAAAUUAAUUGUCACAAGAGAUUAAACUCAUCAAUUUACAUCAUAAAACUAUCAAACUGUUUA